ACAAAUCGAUUAAAUGCUCAGCCCUGCCAUUGCAGCUGAGCCGAUGAUUUGUUAUCGUUGUGAUAAAAAGUGUUUCUUCACGCAUUCCUUAUCUUAAUUCCCACUCUGUGUGAUUACGGCACUUUAGACGAUUACCCACAGACACUACAGAUGCUAAGCAAUUGAAGAAUCUGCGACGCGAGAGCUGAAUAGAGUGCACGAUGACCACGUACCGCCCGAAGGGAGCUCUCGCGAGGGCUGUUUACGACAAGGUGCACAAUGACCAGUAUCUCGAUGGAUACGACAUGAAGCUGUGGUACGAGAUGCCAAAACCCCUGGCGAAGAGGUUCCAGACCAAAUUCAUAGACUUUAAGGAGCCCGACAACAUUACGAUGGAGUGGCUGGACAAGGCCAAGUUUAAAUCAUCGAAUCUCUGGGUUCAGGUGUGGCAUAUCGUGGCCCGCCUCUUCCUGGGCAUCUUCAUGACCCAGACAGACGUCAAUGGCCUCCUGAAACGUGGCUCUAUGUUCAUCUUGUCGGAACAGCAAUUCAUGGAACUCCUGAGGGCUGGAGGCUUUCGCAUUGACCAAUUGGGCGAUGCCUUCGACAUGCUAGAUAUCGGAGCCGGAGACGGCGAAGUGACCACCCGCUUGGCUCAGGCAGUGUUCCGUCUGGGUCCUGAGAACAUGCCGAUGCGCGUGUUCACGACUGAAACCAGCUGGACGAUGCGUGAACGUCUCCAGAAGAGGCAUUUCACUGUGAUCGAUAAGAUAACGGAUGUGCAGCAAAUUGACCUGAUAGCUUGUCUCAAUGUCCUCGAUCGCUGUGCCGAUCCACACCAGAUACUCAGCGACAUUCACGCCACGCUGUCGCCACGGGGAAGGGCCGUCUUUGCCCUUGUUCUGCCGUACAGCCACUACGUGGAGAUGAACACGUCACACAUGCCCAUCAAGCCUCUUCUGCCCCACUGGCCGCACAGCCAGCGGGUGCCGUUCGAGGAGGAGGCCACUGUGUUCUUCGAGCAGCUUGAGGAGGCCGGUUUCCGCGUUGAGGCCUGGACGAAGGCGCCGUACUUGUGCGAAGGGGAUCUGCGGCAAUCCUUCUACUGGCUCAUCGAUAUUGUUGCUGUUGUUUCAAAGAAAUAAUUCACAGAUACGAGUCGUGCAACUGCCAAUCUACCAAAGUUCUCUUGACAAAUCAAUUUUGUUAAUAAAAAGUUGUAGGAAAUUUCAGGCAAUUGCAAGAUUUUUU